AUGGCAGCAUCAACUCGUGUUGAAUUCCUUACGGUGGAUGGGGUUACUUUAAGAGGAGAUUUGUAUAUGCCAAACUGGGCAACAGCAACAGCAACAGGUGUACCUAUUGUGGUAAUGACACAAGGAUUGACGUUAUUAAAGGAGCAUUAUCUACCUGACUUUGCUAGCCGUUUUCAAGCAGCAGGCUAUGCAGUACUGAUCUACGAUCAUCGCGGCUGGGGAUCCAGCGAAGGACAGCCUCGGAACGCCGUAAAUCCAAUGCAACAAGCCGAAGAUUACCACGACGCCAUCAUAUUUGCUCGAAAAAUAAAAGGGAUCGAUCCAAGUCGUGUUGCUAUGUGGGGAAUUGGACACUCUGGUGGUGCAGCUAUGAUAUCAGCAGGCAACGACGAUUAUGUGAAAGCAGUCGUACUCGUAAUGCCAUUAACGUCAGGAGCGCGAGAUGCUGCGGGUUUCCCACCAGAAUUAAUUGACCGCAGCAAAGCAGAUCGACUUGCAAGAACACAGAACCCCAAACUAGGAGAAACAUAUGUACAGGUCUGGGAUAACUCGCUUGAACAGGCAUCUGGUGAGCGUGGACAGGUCAUUCUGCAUUCUCCUCCCGCAUUUGAGUUCAUUGAUGGUGGCAAACGGCGCUCGGACGCUGCUGGUACCCCAUGGGAGAAUAAGAUUACACUACGGAGCUUAUACGAUAUCGGCAAAGUUGAGCCCCAAGAUUUUAUUCGAAGAAUUAGCCCGCGCCCGUUGCUUUACCUGGCUGCGGCCGAAGAUGUCCUCACUGGACCCAUCGAAGCUCAUAAGAAAGUCUUUGAGCAGGCAGGAGAGCCAAAGCAAUUUGUUACACUGAACAAUCACCAUGUGGCAAAUUACUUUGGAAACAGUUUCGAAGAAAACAUUUCCGCACAGCUUGACUUUUUGGAAAAGAAUUUGUAG